UACAUUCUCUUCAUUUCAGUCUUCCCUGGCAGGGACUUAAAGCUGGCACCAAAAAACAGAAAUAUGACAAGAUUAGCGAGAAGAAAAUGCUUACGCCUAUAGAGGUCCUUUGCAAAUCAUUUCCAUCAGAAUUCAUAUCUUAUUUUCACUAUUGCCGGUCGUUAAGAUUUGAGGACAAACCAGAUUACUCCUAUUUAAAGCGACUUUUCCGGGAUUUAUUUAUUCGUGAAGGUUACCAAUUUGAUUAUGUGUUCGAUUGGACUAUGUUGAAGUAUCCUCAGAUUGGUGCAAGUUCCAGAUCAAGGAAUCCUACCGGUAACGCUGUUGCGGGAACUUCUGGUGAGAGAUCAGGAAGAACAUCAGGUGCCGUUGAAGCUUUCUCUAGAAGAAAUCCUGCAGGUCCAGGUCGACAUGGUCAAAAUUUUAGAAACAAGACAUCAGAAGAUGUACCUUCCUCCAAAGAUGUGCAACCGGAUUCGGAAAAAGGGCGUACUUCUCGAAACGGCAGCUCUUCAAGGAGAGCAGCCAUUUCGAGCAGUAGACCAAACUCGUCGGGCGAUCCAAGUGAUGGCAGAACCACCAGAGUGGUAUCGAGCAGUGGUGGUCGAAUAUCCACCACACAAAGAAUCCAGCCAGCUGGCGUUGAUCAUAAACCGCCGUCUUUCUCUCGUACUACUAAACCCACUCGUGACGACCCUCUCCGAAGCUUCGAAUUUCUCUCCAUCAGAAAGUAAAAAUUGGAUCGCUUUUUUCUUUUCCUUAAAAGAG